CAGGCAGUGUCUUCGCACUACCUUUUGACUGUUUUGUCUCAUAAACCCAUACAGUAGGCCUCAUCUACCAUCUGUGAAUACCCUUGGAGCAACCAACAACUAAGCCAUGGGUCUACCUGCUGGUAAUCUGCUCUGCAUGGCUGCUGUGCUCAUCUGUUGGCAUGGAGUCUCCACGCUGCCAUUUCCCCUCAACAUCACCAUGAUGGAGAUGAGUGGAGAUGGUCCAGAACUUGGUCUGAUUUUCCCCACGGUUCGCGUUACUCAUAUCCACACUACUAAUGCCCCCUCUCAGAAUGCCCCCUCUCAGGCGCCAGUCACACCGACGACCACAACAUUCCAAACCAUCCAAACUGUGAUUUCCACGACAGUCAUUCGCCUGAAGGACUUUGUUUUCAAUGACGUGGCGGACAUUUUGAAGGAGAACCUGCUCCUGUUCACGGUGGUCACCUCUCUCCUGAUCGUGCUCAUCUUCAUUGUGUGCUGCGCUUCGGCUAUGAGUCACAAGCGCAAGCUGGACACCUUCUAUCCCCCGGCUAAGAAGUACCCUACGUCGAGGACAUACAUGGAUCACGGCGUGCAGUCGAAAGAGUCAGCGGCAGGCAAGAACCUGCGCAUGCCCACCAAGGCGCUCGUGGGCCCCAAGGAGGGCAAAGACCCCAGACCAAAGCCCCUGGAGGUGAAGACCGUGCAGGAGGUGGAGGAGUUCGAUGUAGACAUGCAGAAGGAUGAGCCCAAACCAAAGGCAGAGCCCAAACCAAAGGCAGAGCCCAAAGCCGCCAGCCCACCUCAAAGCACCAGCCAGCCUGUGUGCACCUGUCACCUGAGGCACGCCCAUUGAGUCGAUAGGGGCACACAAACUGGAUUGAGAAAGUAAAAGUCCUGCCUGAUAUUCCUUCUAUUUGUGCUCCUAGGUCAGGGAUGUCAAACUCAGGCCCGGGGCCCAAAUCUGGUCCGCAGAGUCGUUUUCAAAUGUGUAUUACAUUUGGCCCACAUACACCAUUAAUGAUAUUUGGUGUGUCGCAGGAAUAUGAGGGGCCCAGGUCAAUGAAACACAAUAUGUGCAGUCGCACUACUGUACCAUAUAUGAAAUCAAAUUUAACGAUGAAUAUUAUGCGCAUGCCCUCACAAAUUUGAUCGAUUUAAAUAUAUAUAUAUAUAUAUAUUGAGUUUGGCCUGUGACUUCAUUCCAGAUUUUGAUUUAGGCCUUCAGUCAAUUUGAGUUUGACACCCCUGUCCUAUGUGAUUUCAGAAAUUAGCUCAUCUACCUGACUGAUGUGGUAAUUAGGAUCAGCUUGUUCAUUGAACUAGCUGGAGCCAAUAUGUGGCAGGGCUUUUACUUUCUGAUCCUGGGAUGUCCCCCUGGGAGUGGAUUCACCGCCAUCUGUGCAGUGAUGCCCAAAGAAAAUGAUGGGUCUUCAUAAGAAUACAAGUUUUGAUCUGACAGAGGUGUCUAUUCCUCCUUCAGGAAAAACAAAUUGCAUGCCAUACAUGCACUAAAAAAAUAAUAAUUCUGAACCAGCUGAUUAUGGAUCAGUACACAAGUGAUCUCAUGAUCAGACAGGUGGAUACAAGUUAUCUUUACUUUUAUGACAUAUUUCCUAUAAUGGCAUACAUAAGACACAUGAACCAAAGACAUACAUAAACACAAGACACACAUGCACCUCUCAAAGGGUUUUUACUCUCUGAAACUGGGAUUUACGCCUCUGUACUUUCAAAGGAGAAUUCCUGCCAUAUUCAGCAUGCGAUUGAAUUGCUCAUGUUACUCUUAUGACACAGCAUUCUAAUGGGGGCGUGGUUUGUUUACAUUUUUAGAUGCGUCCUAGCAGCUCUAUAAGAGGGUAUGUCCGUCUGUCGGUCGGUCGGUCUGUCUGACACGCAUUCUUAAAAUUGUCAUUCCCUCCUGUGCCCACAAGGUGGCAGUGCACAGACGGACGCAUCUUUGUCUGCCUGUCGGACUUGUUUAACAGACAUCCAUACAGCAUAGCAAUGCUUUUGGGGCAAUAUGUAGGGAGUGUUAAGACAAUUUCUUUCAAAUAAAAACAAUCAGGCCCCCAGAAUGAUCUCGGAAAAAGCUGAGGAAAAGUGCUGAGUUGUUGGGUACUGGCAAGUCAAGGGUUGCAUGAGCAUUACAACUGCAUGUUGAAAUUGCACAGAAUUCUCCUUUAAUGUCAUCCAAGUCCCGCUUUUCAGUUGCCCUCAAAAUCAUCACCUCUAUAGCCAGCUGUGACUUUAUUCAGUUUUGGUGAGAAGAACCUGUCUGUCUGCCUGUCUGUCUGCCUGCCUGCCUGUCUGUCUGAUGUAGUAUGCACAAUUGCAGUUUCCUCACUUUAUUUUUUUCUCUCUUUUUUGACAGUGUUAUAUUCUAAUCGUAGUUAUAGAAUUGGUUUCGAAGACAAGCUGUAAAUAAGCUGUAGUUAAACACAAAGUAUCUUUGUAAAAGCUUACAUCUGAGUUACAAGAUAAAAAUCAACCUGGAUCAGUUUUCCUGAACUGAUGCAAGUUCAAUAAACAUUUUUUAAAUCUUAUAGAAUAAGAAAUUGUCUUUGCAACUUAUGUUUUUAAAUUAUUUCAUUGUUUUAUCAAAGUGAAUGAAGAUGCAGCUGUCACUCAAUGUAAUUAAAAGUGUAUUGCUGUGAAGCAUUUCCCCUUUACACAUUGUACCCAUUAGAAGAAUAUUGCAUUCCGUGUAGGCUAGUGUGCUAUCUGUGUAAGUGUGGUUUCACUUUCCUCACUCAAAUAUUCAUUUGGCAAGCAAAAAGCAUUUAUUCCAUCAUUGAAUGGGAGAAGGAUAAUGGAAAAAUACUGUGCCAACCCUGAUGUCAAAUAUAAAUGUCCAAUGAGUGACAAUGUAUUCAAUGGAUGAAAGUGUUUGCAGGUCAACAUCUAUGCUUGGACCCCUUCUUAUUUAUUGAACAUUGAGAUAAAGUAAAGAUCUGCUGUACUGUUGAAUCUCUGGCAAACACAAAUGAGUAACAAUAAAAAGUGAACAAUUGUUUUUACUGUUGACUUGUAUGAAAAGGAUACCUG